UCCUGACAGUUAUGCUACUGAACCAUGGCACUUUUAUAUUUUGAAUGGCUUUCUGAACUUUAAUUUUUUGUUUUUUAUGGCUCUUAUAAGCAUACCGGGUUUAAUUCUUACUUAUAUAGUCGAUCCUGGACGUAUUUCAUCCACAUCGACAGCUGGACCAAUAUAUGCUUAUCUUUAUCUCGCCUUUCGACUUAUGCCAUUUUAUUUAUGGCUUUUUAUAAUUAUUAUACAACCGCUCAAGGAAGAACGGUUUUUGUUUGUAAUAUAUCCUCUUAUUUGUCUAAACUCAGCAGUUGCAUUGUUUUUAAUAAGAGGAUGGUUUGAUCGAACAUUAGUGUUUUUAUCCGAUGGACAUUUACCUUAUUCACGCGCUCGAAGAUAUUGCAUGAAAUUGCUUACAACUUUUAUUAUUGUCAUUUGUGGAACAAUUUCAUUCGCGCACAUCGCUGCUUUAUAUUUUCACUAUGGUGCACCAAUGACUAUUUAUAAACAUUUUUAUUAUGUUGAGAUUCCUAGUCAAAUUGCAGCUCGCCAGUUACAAGUGGAUUUAUUAAAUAAUCCAAUUAAUCUCUGCAUAGGAAAGGAAUGGUACCGAUUUCCGAGCCAUUACUUUUUACCGGAAGGAGUGCGUUUGAGAUUUUUAAAAUCCGAUUUCAACAGACAAUUACCAAAAUAUUUUUUAGAAAGAACUUAUGUUGAUUCUAACAACAAAACGAAAUUGAGUGCUGAGCGUGAAGGAACUUGGACAAUUCAAGAAGGAUUUAAUAAUUACAAUUUAGAAGAAGUGGAUCGAUAUUGUGAUUAUAUUAUCGAUCUGGAAAUGGAUUAUACAAGGACAGUAUCAGAUAAUGCCCAUGAAGAAAGCUAUAUAACUCAAACUGAUCAAUGGAGUGAAGUUAUUUGUAGACCAUUUUUAGAUGCAGAAAACUCUAAUUCAAUUACAAGAGCAUUCUAUCUGCCACCAAUUGCUUGGCAAAAACUGAAGCAAUUUAUUAGUUAUUUACCUGCUAGGCUAACUAAUAAUAGCGUGACAUUCAACACGUUAGGAAACCUGAAAUGGGGAGAUUAUUGUUUAUUACGGAGAAAACAUGACACUGAACUGAUAGACGUAGAGGAUUGGACAGUAAUUCCGAAAAUUCGUCUUUAUGUUGAAAAUUGGUAUUGGAAAUAUAUCAAUUUGUAA